CAUAAAGAGAGACGGACGGAGAGAGCAGCGUCCUCUUCACAGAGACACCAACAGAAGAAUCACCAGAGAGCCUGAGCAGCAGCCUUCAUCCUCCUCAUCCUCCAUCAGAGCUGCAGGUAUCUGUCAGCUGAUUGGUUCUCUCCAACAUGCUCCGCCCUCUGCUCUGCUUUUGUGCUCUCAUUGCACUGACAGGUGCUCAGCGACAGACAUUCACUAAGUCUUCAGUGUUGAACAUCAGCUUUUGUCCCAUCACGUAUUAUGGACAGCAGUACGAGCAGCUCUAUGUGAACAUCACAUCUGGAAAUGUUACCGUCUGUUUCAACGGCUUUUUCAGUCCUGAAACUGGAGGAGACUGUCUUGUGGUGCGCUCACGGGGCGCAAAAAGAUUUUACUUUGAGCCAUUUCCACAUCCUUUUUCUUUUGAUCAGAUUCUAAUUCGUCGAUAUUUACGAACCAUUCGGAACAGUUUGGAAUGCUAUUUUGAGAUAGCCUUCUCUCAUUAUCAUUUGUAUGUGCAUAACUUCGGGACACAAGCUUCUUUGUUGUUUUUCACAUCCAACCCUGAUCCUGCGAUGUUGGAAACUCAGGUUGGUGGUUCCACAGUCAGCACAAUUCAUGCUCAGACUUACUUAGACAUCAGUGGAUGCAGACACUCAGGUCAGAUGUAUCCACCUGGUACAGUGAUCAGCUCUGAUCCACAAACCUGCGUCAGUCUCACCUGUAAUGAGACCGCAGCCCUCUACACCUCUAGCUGUGGUCCGCUGGAGCGUUGUCAAGGCAAUGGCAUCUGUGUGUUGGACUCCACCUGCACUGUGACCGGCCCCACUAUCAUCGACGUCCACGGCCAGAUUAACUCCAUCCAGGAUCGGUGUGCGUACUCUCUGUUCUCGACUCCGUCACUCCCAGACUUCCAGGUUCUGGGGAACUUUGAGGACCGGCGUCGUACAGAUGUGAGCUUUUUGGACAGUGUGACGCUGCGUGUGAACGGGCAUGACAUUCACCUGGAACAAGGUGGGAGAGUUCAGCUGGACGACUCCACGCUGACCCUCGACAGCUCACCUCAGCUGGUUCACGGUGUGCAGCUCUCUAAGGACCAAACUGGAGUCACUGCCAAGCUGUCGCUCUCCAACCUCACCAUCUCUGUCUUCUUUGAUGGCUACACCGCACAGAUCCACUUAGAAAGACCUGCUGGUUCAUCUGUGGAGGGUCUGUGUGGAAACUCCAGCAGGUCUCUGAGUGACCUGAGACUCUCUGAGUACAGCUCCACCAGCUGUGAGAUACAGUACAAUGAGCCUGCUGACAGCACGAUCAACUGCACCAGUGUGACUGAACGUUGUAAUCUCCUGAAGAAGGCGCCCUUCUCCUCCUGUAACAGUGACAUCGACCCAGAGCCCUACAUAACCGCCUGCACCGACACUUUGUGUAAAUAUCCUGCAGUGGACGGACUCAACUGUCAGUUCCUGAAGGCCUACGCCAGAGCCUGCAGUCUACACAACCACACUCUGGAUGGCUGGACAUCAAAGACCAGCUGCUCCUCUGAGGCCUUCUGUCAGAACAGGACCUGCAGCGAUCACGAGUUCUGUGGUGAGAAGACGGUCUGUGGUGACACUCGCUGCUUCUGUCGGGCCAUUUUUGCCUCCAAGUACCAAGCAAACAACUCUUUGGGUGAUCCAACGGUCUGCAAGCAGAACUCUGCUUCAGUGACUCUGGUCGGUUGUCUCCUGGAGGACAAAGACGUUGACUACUCUGUCUUACACCUCAACGACCCGACCUGCAGGGGUCAGGUGGACGAGCUCACCCACAUGGUGACCUUCAGCUUCAACAGCAGCAACAGCUGUGGGGCGGUGGUCAUGUCCAACAACAGCCAAGUGAUCUACAAAAACACCAUCAUGACCGAGAACAGCUCCUCCAUCAUCACUCGUCACGACCAUGUCUACAUCGACUUCUCCUGCAUCCAAACUCAGCCGGACAUCAAGACUGCCACCUUCAGGAUCAGAGACAGCUCUGUGAUCCAGCAUCUCACAUCUGGAGUUUGGGAUUACACUCUGACCAUGAAGGCUUUCACUGAUGCCAGACGCACACGAGCUGUGGAGUCCAGCACUGAAUUGCAGCUGAACCAGAAGAUCUGGGUGGAGCUGAAAACUGACGGGCUGGAUGGAAACUGGGUCGUGGUGGUGACCGACUCCUGCUGGGCCACAGACCAGCCAUUACCCGACAGCACUCCGAGAUACAACCUGAUCAUAAACGGCUGUGCCAACCCUACUGACCAGACUGUGAAGGUGAAGGGAAACGGACUGGGAACCUCCAACUACUUCUCCUUCAACAUGUUCGAGUUCACCGGGGGCUCUGGUGAAGUCUACCUGCACUGCAAAGUCCACCUGUGCCCCAAACGGAACAACUGUGUCCCGACUUGUCCUCCAAGUGCUCGCAGACCCAGAUCUGUCAGUUCCAAGUAUGAAGGUGAAGCCUUCAUCAGCAUGGCCUGGACUCAUUAGGUGGCUUCCAUGGUGAUUCAUACUGACCUCAACAAUGAUUCUUGACUUCUGAUUGGUCCUGAUCCAGAUCCUGGAUGUUUGGAUGAGCUCAGUUUUGGCUGCCGGGAUUCUGUGUAAACUUUAACCAAAGAUCCAUUCAUAUUCCUCAGGUUGUUAUAAUUUAAGAUGAUUUAGGUACAAAGUGGUGCAAAUAUCCAAGAGAAAAGGGGGAAAAUAAGAUGCAUGAAGAGCAAUCAUGAAGUGAUUUAAUAUAAAAAUCAUCUAUCUAAUAAGUUGGUAAUCAGAGUGAAAUAUUUAAACGAUUAUCUGAUUUAUGUUUUUUACUUUUUAUGCUUUUUAACUGUAUUUUGUAAAAGUGGCAUGUGUGCUUUGUGUUUUUUUUAAUAUGAGGAAAUGGAAGCAGACUCUUUAAAACUCAGUUUGCCUUAUAAAACAGGGCCGGAUGCAGCUCAAAGUGGAAACAUUAACCUAAAUUUUUUGCAAAAAGAAGCAAGAGAGGUCCACAGCAGUGUGGUCAGGUUAAGUUAUCAAAGUUAAAGCUUCUUAAGGUGACAGAAUACUUCGGCUGACAGGAUUUAUUGGUGCAUGUGGAUAAAGUUAAGACCGCUUUAAGGCAGGUGAAACCCCCCAAUUCUGGAAUCCAUGUGACAGAAUAUCUGGCCAACAGUAACAAAGGCUACAGUCAGGUCAACAUCCUUCUACCAGCCAACUUGAUAACAUCUUGAUAGCAAUUAUUUUGAAGCCACUAUCUCAAUGAACGAGUAGAGAGCCAUAACUUUAGCUGCAACAGUUUAAAAAAUAAGCACCUACAAUAUUACAGCUUCAUUAACAGCCCAGAGCAUCCCAACUAUGUGUACCACAAUUUGGCUUCCCUGGACUGAACAAAUCCUACUGCUUAUUGGUACUUUCAGGCCAGAAACAGAACAAACCUUCACAAAUUUUUAUCCAGAUCUUUUAGUGCUCUCAUGAAAUUAGUCACAGAGCUAAAUGAAAAUACAAAAACAUAUUUUGUCUAAGAAGUAAAGAACAUAUGUAUCUUUCAGCCUUCUCCUCAGAAAACAGACAAUAGUACAGCAAUUCAACUGAAACUUAAACUUGAUGCCCUGAUCUGUCACCUUUAUUGUUUUUCUAUUUGUUCCAAAACACUACAAUAAAUAAACAAAUAAAUAAAUAAUGUGGGUAAAACACCCCCCAACAACAACUCGA